GGCCACGCCUCUUCCAGAGGUUUAGCCUUAAAAAAACAUGGUACCUCGACCGAGUGAACUGUCAGUAGCUGUGUCCGAGGUGACAGGAGCGGGGGCAGGGGAGCGCGGCUCGUGCGGGCUCUGUCACAUAACACCAUUACACCAAGUUCUUCUUAGCUCCCGAGUUGUGCUGCCCUGAGAGGAGACCUGGGAAGUGACUGCCAGCCCUCCCCUGUGUAUGACAGCGGAUGGGAAGCCUGUCCCCAGUCUGAGGUGAAGCCACAAGCCAGUGCAGCGAUGACGGACGACAGAGCCCAUGUGGAGACAGAGCUGGGGGCAGAGGAGUCUCCAACUGAGGUCCCGGCAGAGGAACAGAGCGCAGCAGUGGAGGAGACCUCACCCCUCAACGUGGAGGAGAAGAAAGAGAAUGGAGAGUGGAGCGAGGACAAGAAGCUGGAAGUCAGUGAGGGCACAGAGCUCGCUCCCCCGGAGGGCGGCUGGGGCUGGGUUGUCAUGCUGUCUGCCAUGUGGUGCAAUGGCUCCGUGUUUGGCAUCCAGAACGCCUGCGGGGUCCUCUUUCUGUCCCUGCUGAAGGAGUUCGGCUCCGCGAAUGAUCCCCAGCUCAUGUUCAAGACAGCAUGGGUGAACUCGCUAUCAAUGGGAAUGAUAUUCUUCUGUUCCCCUGUGGUCAGCGUAUUUACGGACAUGUUUGGAUGUCGAAAGACCGCAGUUAUCGGUGCUGCAGUUGCCAUUAUUGGCCUUUUUUCGAGUUCUUUUGUCAAGAGCUUGGAGCCUCUUUAUUUUACUUAUGGAAUUUUAUUUGCCUGUGGCUGCUCAUUUGCUUACCAGCCAUCCCUGGUAAUCUUGGGACACUACUUUAAAAAGCGCUUGGGUCUAGUAAAUGGUAUUGUCACAGCAGGCAGCAGCCUGUUUACUGUGUCACUGCCCUUUCUGCUCACUUAUUUGCUUGAAAAAAUUGAAUUUUAUAAUACACUGCGUGUAUUAUGUGUCUUGAUAUUUGUGCUCUUUUUGGCUGGAUUUACCUACAAGCCACUGUUGCCUAGAAGCAGCAACAGGCGUAAAAAGAUCUUCAAUUUCCACAUCUUCAAAUACAAGACUUAUUGCAUAUGGGCAUUUGGAAUUCCAGCAGCACUUUUUGGCUAUUUUGUGCCUUACGUUCAUUUGAUCAAACAUGUUUCAGAGCGUCUGGGAAAUGAGGUCAAGGUAGAGGUUUUGUUGCUAUGUAUCGGCGUUACAUCUGGGGUUGGAAGGCUUGUUUUCGGCAGAGUUGCAGAUUACAUUCCAGGUGUCAAGAAAGUCUAUUUACAGGUGAUAUCUUUUUUUUUCAUUGGACUGAUGUCUAUGAUGAUUCCAUUGUGCCACAGUUUUGGUAGCUUGAUUGCUGUGUGUCUCUUCAUGGGCCUCUUUGAUGGCUGCUUCAUAUGUAUUAUGGCUCCAAUCGCAUUUGAACUUGUUGGGCCAGAGUAUGUGUCUCAAGCAAUUGGAUUUUUGCUUGGAUUUAUGUCCAUUCCUAUGACUGUUGGCCCACCUGUUGCAGGUUUUUUGCGUGACAAACUUGGUUCCUACGAUAUAGCAUUUUAUUUGGCGGGUAUCCCCCCAAUUAUUGGUGGAUUUAUCUUGUGCCUUAUCCCUUGGAUCCAUGAAAGGACUUUAAAGGAGACGAAAAAAGAGCUGGAUAAAGAGGCUGAAGAGAAAAUUCUGGAUAGUGCUGCCAGUGCAUUGACACCAGGCACAGCAGAAAAUUCUAAAAAGGAAGAUGUCUCUAUCAUAUAAUUUCCCUUCUUUUACAGUGUAUGACAGUGACUUCAUUGUAACUGGUGCUACAAAACCAAAGCUGUAUGAUCACAUUAGGGUGUUUGCUUACCUGUAUGACUAAGCCUGUCAUGUCAGCCUAAGUGUGGGUAUCAUGCCAGGACUAUUGAGCAGCCUUAUGAAUGCCACAGAAAAGUAAUGCAUAUUCAGACGUAGCUUUACAGCAAUACAGGGCUUGCUUUAUAUGGCAUCCACAAUACUAAUAUUCAGUUUCAGUGACUGAAAAAUGUUCUACUUUGUUUACCAGAUUUCUCUGCACAAAAUUUGUCGGAUAUACAAUCACAUUAGAUUGCUGAAGUAUAGUGUUAGUGUAGUUUGAUGUGUUUGAAUUGCAAUGUAUUUUAUUUUGCAGACUGCUGGCAUUAUGAUUAUUAUAUUAUUUGUGUUUGCAAUCAGUGCUGGGUAUUCACAUACAUUUCUUCUGCAGGGUCUUGUUUGUCCAAGAUUUCAGGAUUACCUAAAACUAUAAGGCUGCAUUUCCAUAUUGCAGCUUUUUCAGCAGUUUUUGAAGCCAACGCCAGGAAUGUAUUCUGAAAGAGUAUAAGACUCCAGAAUAGCUUUAUCACCCCUUAUGCCUCUUUUCUAUCCCCCAAAAAAACACAGAACCCAGGUUUGCAGCUUUUUACACACAGCUGAGCUUAAAUCCAGGCACAAUUAGCGUUUCUACACUACCCUGCUCACUUUCCGAAAAAGGGUUGUGCUGAGGGUGGGUUGUGAACAGGACAUCAGUCCCAGCACAUUGAUCAUCAUUUACGACAGUUUCGGGUGCAAUUGAUUGAAAUGGUAGCUGGUGUAGAUAUCAAUCUAGGUGCACAGACUGCUAGAGGACAUGCACCUUGUCCUAAAUUGAGCAUAUACUCUGGCAGUGCAGGAGGAUAUCAAGAUUGUCAUACAAAGGCAGUCUUCCCUUUAUAUGAAUCCUCUGUUUCUGGCUUUGGCUUCAAUAAUUACAAUAAAUACCUAAAUGUGAAAACUCAACCUAAAAGAUGAGCAUACAAGCAAAAGUUGUCCAGAAUGAAUUUGAUUAUGGGCUGUGUUCACAUAUUCUUUGUUUACCAUGACACUUUUUAGCUAGAUGAAGGGGUGUACUUUUCCUUGAAAUUAUUUUUUGGAACUUUGCAAAGUACUAGAUGUAUGUGCAGAAGGUAAGUGCGUCUUUUGAAAAAGUGCAUUUGGCAAAUUAUCCGUCUCCAUGGGUGCACUUUCAAGUUUAAAAUAAGCAUAUCUGUCCAUAUAAGCAGAGGAUAGAUCAUCAGUUUAAAAAAACAUUCAGAUUCAGCUGAUUACAAUUAGAGCUCAUGCAGACAAUCAUAUUUUUUUCUUUGUCCAAUCUGUUUUUUGUUGCUGACCGUUUGCGGAAAAUGACUCCGUCUGCAUUCCUUGUCUGUAUGUCCGCAUGGACCGCAAAAAAAUAAAACAUGUCCCAUUGUCCGCAUUAUGGUCAAGGAGAGGACUGUUCUGUUAGGGGAUGGACAUUCCGUUCAACAAAAUGCGGAAUUCACGUGGCCGGUAUCCGUGUUUUGUGGAUUCGCAAUUUGCGGACUACAUUUGUGCUCUAAAAGGGGUUUUCCACAAUACUUAUCGGGGGCACCAUCUCCGUUAGUCCCAUAGAAGAGAAUGGAGUGGUGAGACCCUCAUUUUGUUAUCACUUGGAGGGUCCCAGUAGUCGGACCCCCCCCCCCCCCCCUCCCAAUCAGGCACUUAUGCCCUAUUCUGUGGAUAAGGGAUAAGUGUUGUUAGUGGAAAACGCUUUCAUGUACUGAAAAAACUCUUCACAGUUUUCUUUGUUGUGCAUUAUCAGGACAGUCAUGUUUGGAGGUUCCAGCAGUAGACUGCUAUUAUGUGUCUGUCCCACCUUGCCUUUACACCUUUCCUCCAUCACCUUGAUAUCCUGAUGGAACCUCUCCCCUGGUUCCUCACUAAAAUCAUGAAGAUUUUCUGGAAAUCUGUGUAAGGGCUCAUGCACACGACCAUACAGGUUUGAUGUUCCUGGAGGGAUACACCAAAUGGAAAAGGAUUUAGGAAAACUAGAGGAAUAGUCAAAAAUCUGGAAAAAUUUAAUGUUG